CUGAAGGAGGAGUCUCUGAAAACCUAUUUAAAGCAGUCUGUCCUGACUCAGCUCAACAGUCUCCAGUCUACCAACUGGUCUCUGUAAUAACUAUUUAAAUCAGUCUGUCCUAACUCAGAUCAACAGUCUCCAGUCUACCAACUGGUCUCUGUAACUUCAUCUUUGUCUCUGUGGUGUACAGUCUUCAGGUGAUGAUGGGGGUAUUGAAUCAUCUCUCUACUCUCCUCCUUCUCUCUCUCCUUCCUCCUGCUCUCUCUCAUGUAGUGAAGAACUUCAGUGUUACAGACUGUGAGAAGUUCUUCCUGGAGGGGACAACUCCAAAUCUCCCAGGUAUUUUGGUUGAUGGGAUAGUCAAGAACGAGGGCCAGAACCAGAACCGCUACAAGCCGAUCUGCCAGAAUUACAACAACAUCUACAGGUUUGCAACUCUCUACGACACGACCAACAGGAUCCCUGUGUUCUCAGCCUACACCUUCACUGGUCCUGGGGGCAAGAGACCAAAAAAUAUACCCUGGAAGAUAGAGCCCCAGCUUGAAGAUAUAGAUAUAAAAGAGAUGAAAACCCAACAUGAGGUGAAGGUGCUUAAUAAUAAUAAAGAUAUAGUCAACCAGGCUGUGAACACAGACUACGACGCUAACGGCCGGGGUCUGGACAGAGGUCACCUUUUCCCAUGUUCGCAUGCACCCGAUGAUGAAACGAAGAACUCCACUUUCACCCUGACAAACGCCGUUCCCCAGGUAGGUUCUUUCAACAGGGGCAGAUGGCGUGUAAUGGAGUGCAACGUCAGAAAAUAUCUUGAGCUUAACUGUAAGAAUAACAACAACAAGAUAGAAGCCUAUGUGGUGACUGGAGCACUUCCCAACAUCACCAACAAACUGAACAACCAAGUGAACAUCCCAGAUCUCCUGUGGACAGCCUACUGCUGUUACAACGACAAGGACAAGAAGUGGAUGGCCGGAGCAUACUGGGGGGAGAACAAAAAGGACAAUGGGAAAAUAUUGACCCUGGAAACCUUGGGAGCACUCGAAGUCAAGUUGAAGGAAAGCUACAAGGUUGAUGGUAAUGUCAAGGUGUUUCACGAUAAAUGUCCAAGAAACGUUAAUGUACAACAGGUUAAGAGGGGCAGGGAAGAGAGCGGAGACGGGAACGGAGAGAGGAACAUAAAGAUGGCGAGAACAUCAAGGGGGUUAAAGGAAUGUGAUGAGGAGGAUGGAUGUGAUUGUGACUGUGAUGAAAAGUCAUGAGUUUUGUCCAGUGGUAAUUCUCACAACUAUUGAGUACACAUUCCCUACGUUACAAGGGUUAUAAUGGUUAUAAUAACAGUUAUAACUGGGUUAUAUAACAAGGGUUUAGUUAUAAGGAUUUAAUGGUUAUAAUAAGGCUUAUAAGUGUUUAAUGGUUAUAAUGGUUAAGUAAUAAGGUGAAGCAGGUAAUAAUGGAACUGGUUUAGUCUGACCUGAGUUUCACGCUGUGAUCAACAUUCACUAUUAAUGACAAUACUUUCUGAACUAUCAGCACAGUAGACUAAUGUACUACCCUGUUUAAUGUAGACUACUGUACUACCCUGUUUAAUGUAGACUACUGAAA